GAGAAAGAGAGAGAAGAAGAGGAAGAAACGAUCGGCCAGAGAGAGAGAGAGAAGAGAGAAAAGAGAGAAGAAAGGUCAUCCGAAUAUUUGUUCUCAUCUGAUUUCUCCGAUCUGCCAUGGCUGGGUUUUGCUGAGGCUAAUAGCUUGGUGCUGGGUUUAGACGCUCGGUGAAGGAGGGAGAUAGAUCUCUUUUACCUCUUUUUUGCGUCGCGAGGAGAAAAAAACGUGCCUAUAGGCUUAACACCGAGGAGUGGACUCAUACUGAGAGGAUAGAAAUGGCAGAUGGGAUAUCGAGCUUUUGGGGUCCAGUGACUUCUACUAUAGAGUGUUGUGAGGAGAACUACGCCUACUCAUCUUACAUCGCAGAGUUCUAUAACACCAUAUCCAAUGUCCCUGGAAUCCUAUUGGCUCUCAUUGGUCUCGUCAAUGCGUUAAGGCAACGGUUUGAGAAGAGGUUUAGCAUUCUUCACAUAUCUAAUAUGAUACUUGCCAUCGGCAGCAUGCUCUACCAUGCCACUUUGCAACACGUGCAACAACAGAGUGAUGAGACCCCGAUGGUGUGGGAGAUACUUCUAUACAUGUACAUCCUUUACUCACCAGAUUGGCAUUACAGAAGCACAAUGCCCACUUUUCUCUUCCUCUACGGUGCUGCCUUUGCCGUAGUCCAUGCUUUCCUCAGGUUUGGCAUCGGUUUCAAGGUCCACUACGUGAUUCUCUGCCUUCUCUGCAUCCCUCGGAUGUACAAGUACUACAUUCACACAGAGGAUAUCGCAGCCAAAAGGAUUGCGAAAUGGUAUGUCGCUACGAUCCUAGUGGGGAGUGUUUGCUGGUUCUGUGACCGUGUUUUCUGCAAGACGAUAUCUCAGUGGCCUGUGAAUCCUCAGGGACAUGCUCUGUGGCAUGUCUUUAUGAGUUUCAACUCUUACUGUGCAAACACAUUCUUGAUGUUCUGUCGAGCUCAGCAACGUGGAUGGAACCCAAAGGUAAUAUACUUUCUGGGAGUACUUCCUUAUGUCAAGAUCGAGAAGCCAAAAGCACAAUGAGAAGUUAAGUGGGGGAAGUAAACGCCCAUAAAUAUAGUUUUUUUGUUCAUCGUUUUGUCAGAAAUCUCAACGUUGCUUAUUCUAUUUUAUUUUUGGAAGUGAAACUCUCUAGAAACAGUCUAGAUUUUUUUUUUCUUUUUGUUUUGUAUUAGUUACACUGGGGAUUAUGAUCUUAAGAAGAAUUGAUUUUUUUUUUUAACUU